UCAGAGGGUCAUGGCGUCCGCGGCGUUGGAACCCUGGCAGGCUGCGGCUCCGCGAAGGAAAAGACGCUCUGCGGAGCGGCGACAGCGGAGCAGGGAGGUGGCCCUGCGGGACGUGGAGGCCCAGCCUGAGGCGGACUGCGGAGUCGUGCUUCGUCGCAUCCGGGAGGCCGGGAAGGACCUGCUUCUGUCUGAUUUCUGGAGUCUGGCACUAGAAACCAUCAACAGCUGUCUUAAAAAACAUCUGGAACAACUGAAGGUCCCUGAGGGGACUCUUUCGGAAGCCCUUGGAAACCUGCAUCUUGACUCCUCACCAAAUGAGUCUGCUGUGACUCCUGGCUUCAUCCCAGGGGAGAACCCAGUCCCGGGAACCUGCUGUUGGAAGUGUGUAUGUUAUGGCAUUGGAAACUUUGCCACCUGCGUCAUAGCUAGACACCAGCUCACCUUUCUGCUUCUCUUCCUGGAAAAGUGCCAGAUUCCCAGGAGGCACUGCUGGGUGUACGACCCUCUGUUUAGCCAGCUAGAACUUGCAGUUCUGAAGAGCCUUGGUGUGACUGUUCUCAGUGAGAACGAGGAAGGCAGACGGAGCGUCCACGGUGAGCGCACUAUCUUCUACAUGCCCCACUGCGGCACAGCCCUGUACAACAACCUUCUCUGCAGUAACUGGUCAGUGGACGCCCUUGCCAAGAUGCUCAUCAUUGGGAACAGCUUCAGAGGACUCGAGGAGAGAUUGCUGGCAAGGAUUCUACAGAAAAAUUAUGCCUACAUUGCAAAGGUUUUAAAAGGACUGGAGGAGCUUGAGCUGCCUGAGACUUCACAGUACACGGACGUAUUUAACGAUACCUCCAUCCACUGGUUCCCUGUACAGAAGCUACGACGACUCCCCACAGACACUUGGGCUUUCCGGGAAGAACCAGACUACCAGGACUGUGAGGACCUUGAAAUCAUCAGGAACAAGGGAAGAGCUCCCUCAGCUGCUGACCAGAACUUACCCUGGCAGGGCAGCUGUCCCCAGAGAUGACAGGGUGGCCGUGUGGGGAGCACCCUUCUUUGUGGCGGGCCAGACUCGAGAGCCCGGAAAAUAC